ACAAGUUAGCGUACAAUGUUCCUAACCUCUCAUAUAUAUAUUGGGAGAAGUGAGCAGGCCUUUAUUCAAAACAAAUCAUCCUUACUUACAGCCUAUACACCACACAGUAAACACGAGAUGAGAGGGCUUAUCAUUGUCUGUCUCUCAGCUCUUCUUGCUUCAUGUUAUGCAAAGAAAGAGUCCAGGAUUGAAUAUGUCGGGAGGUUACAGAGAGAUCUGUUUAAAGAUUAUGAUUCUGAAAUUAUUCCUCUGGUUGACAGCCUAGACGGAAAGACUGGGUUGAAUGUUUCGGUUGGGCUGAACAUGGUUUAUAUGGAUAUGACUGGUGAAGGUAUAAAAUUGAUUAAAAUUUGAUUCCCUUUUCAUGAA